CAAAUGUCAUAUUUCGAAGAAGAAGCAUCGCCGAAAAUUGCAGAUUCACUCAUCUAUAAGCAGAAAAAUUUAUAACAUUUCUUAAAAUUAAUUAUACAAACUUUAAUAUAAAACCGAUAUGACUACUGGAGCCGUACCAGCAGAGGGUGUUCGUGAAAAAGCACUUGUGGAGUACAGGAAAAAGUUAUUGGAACAUAAAGAAGUCGAGUCACGACUUAAAGAAAAACGAGAAGAAAUUAAGGAACUUACCAAACAGUAUGACAAAUCUGAAAACGAUCUUAAAGCACUGCAAAGUGUUGGACAAAUUGUUGGCGAGGUUCUUAAGCAAUUGACUGAGGAUAAAUUUAUUGUCAAAGCAACCAAUGGUCCUCGUUAUGUGGUUGGAUGCCGACGCCAAUUGGAUAAAAGCAAAUUGAAAUCCGGCACUCGUGUUGCCCUCGAUAUGACCACACUAACAAUAAUGCGUUAUUUGCCACGAGAAGUUGAUCCACUUGUGUACAAUAUGUCUCACGAAGAUCCUGGUGAAGUAAAAUAUUCCGCUAUCGGUGGUCUUUCUGAACAGAUUCGCGAAUUGCGUGAAGUAAUCGAACUGCCAUUAUUGAAUCCCGAGCUCUUCUUGCGUGUAGGCAUUACACCACCAAAAGGUUGUCUGUUAUAUGGACCACCUGGUACAGGAAAGACGUUAUUAGCCAGAGCAGUAGCUUCACAAUUGGAUGCAAAUUUUUUGAAAGUAGUUUCCUCUGCAAUUGUUGAUAAAUACAUUGGUGAGAGUGCACGUCUUAUUCGUGAGAUGUUCAACUAUGCCCGCGACCAUCAACCCUGCAUAAUUUUCAUGGAUGAAAUUGAUGCCAUCGGUGGCCGUCGCUUCUCAGAAGGUACAUCCGCUGAUCGAGAAAUUCAACGUACGCUUAUGGAACUGCUGAACCAAAUGGACGGUUUUGAUUCAUUGGGUCAAGUUAAAAUGAUAAUGGCCACCAAUCGGCCUGACACUCUCGAUCCUGCCCUAUUGCGUCCUGGUCGUUUGGAUCGCAAAAUUGAAAUACCUUUACCUAAUGAACAAGCUCGCAUGGAGAUUCUAAAAAUUCAUGCAGCGAAAAUCGCCAAGCACGGUGAAAUUGAUUAUGAAGCUAUUGUAAAACUUUCGGACAAUUUUAACGGUGCUGAUUUGAGAAAUGUUUGUACAGAAGCUGGUCUCUUUGCUAUCAGGGCUGAUCGCGAAUAUGUCAUACAGGAGGAUUUCAUGAAGGCGGUACGUAAGGUAGCCGACAAUAAGAAAUUAGAAAGCAAGCUGGACUACAAACCUGUUUAAGUUAGUUACUUAUAUCGAAAUAUUGAGAGAAAAAAAAUAAAUUUUCUAUAAAAUUACAUAAACUGAAAAA